GGAUCCCCCCCUCCUUGUCUUCCUUUCGAGAACAAAAAUUCUUUUUUGAUCUCCCUCUCCAUCUCUUUCGACUUCCCAGUCAAAUUCUCUCUCUCCUACUCCUAUAUUGUCUUUAUGCGUCACCUCGGACACCUAUUAAACAGUAAUAGUAACACCUAAGGACCUAUCCUCUCCCCCAACCUGAUCGCCACUGCCUCUUCUCAAAACUCAAAAAUCAAACAGAAAGAAAAAAUGUCAGCCCUGAAAGCAGGGAGCAGGCCGCCGUGGGUGGGACUAGGAGCCGCCGUCUGGGUCCAAAUCGCCACCGGAAACGUCUACACCUUCCCCCUCUACUCCGCUGCCCUCAAAACAGUCAUGGGUUACAAUCAGCAUCAGCUGACCAUACUCGGCGUCGCCAACGACAUCGGCGAAAACAUCGGCAUUCCGGCCGGCAUCGCGUGCAACAAGUUCCCCCCUUGGAUCGUUCUUUCAAUCGGCGUCUGUGUUUGUUUCUUGGGCUACGGUGUGCUUUGGCUCGCUGUUAGCCAGACUGUCCAGUCUAUGCCUUUCUGGUUGUUAUUUAUUGCACUUUGUGUUGCCACCAAUGGCAGUUCUUGGUUAGGCACAGCUGUGCUUGUAACCAAUAUGAAGAAUUUCCCUCUCAGUAGGGGUACAGUUGCUGGCAUUCUCAAAGGAUAUAUUGGUCUCAGUGCAGCUGUCUAUACUGAGGUGUACACUAUGGUUCUUGGCGAGUCUGCUUCAAAACUCUUGUUAUUCCUCACUCUUGGGAUUCCCUUUAUAUGUUUGGCGAUGAUGUACUUUAUUCGGCCUUGUACUCCUGCUUCCGGGGAAGACUCCUCUGAGCAUGUCCAUUUUCUCUUCACCCAAGCUGCAAGCGUUGCUCUCGCCAUCUAUCUUCUCACAACUACAAUCUUGAAAGAUAUAUUAUCUAUAAGUGAUACCAUUUCCUACGUACUUAUUGCCAUAAUGAUUAUCCUUCUAAUGUCUCCUAUAGCGAUUCCCAUAAAAAUGACCUUGUUCCCGGCAAAUCCCAAGAAACCUAUGCCACUAAUUGGCUCCUCCAAUGAUUUGGGAGCAGAAGAAGGCGAUUCAAGCCAAACGGGAUCUUUGUUGGUACCAUCCUCAUCGGAACCAUAUCUUGGAAGUUUUUAUGAGAGUGAAGAUGUUUCAGAGGUUGACAUACUUCUAGCUGUGGGAGAAGGAGCAGUGAAAAAGAAAAGGAAGCCCAAAAGGGGAGAAGAUUUCACGUUUCGUGAAGCUGUUGUGAAGGCUGAUUUCUGGCUUCUAUGGCUUGUGUACUUCCUAGGGGUUGGUUCCGGAGUAACUGUUCUAAACAAUUUGGCACAGAUAGGAGUUGCAUUGGGUGUGGAUGAUACAACAGUAUUGUUGAGUAUCUUCAGCUUUUGCAAUUUUUUGGGCCGUCUUGGGGCUGGUGCUGUCUCUGAACAUUUUGUCAGGUCAAAAACGAUUCCUCGCACAGUUUGGAUGGCAUUCGCGCAAAUAAUCAUGAUCGUAGCAUUUCUUCUAUAUGCAUCAGCUAUCAGCGGCACCCUUUAUGCUGCAACAGCAUUGCUUGGAAUCUGCUACGGCGUUCAGAUAGCGAUAAUGAUUCCAGUUGCUUCGGAGCUUUUUGGUCUAAAACAUUUUGGUGUAAUCUUCAACUUUAUGGGGCUAGGAAAUCCUUUGGCCGCACUUCUCUUCUCGGGUCUACUCGCUGGUUACGUAUAUGACAUAGAGGAGGCUAAACAAGGAGGGUCAUCGUGCUUGGGUCCGAAUUGCUUUAGGCUCACAUUCUAUGUACUAGCCUCCAUGUGUGGACUUGGCUCUAUUUUGAGCAUCAUUCUGACUAUAAGAAUAAAGCCGGUUUACCAAAUGCUUUACGCUGGGGGUUCCUUCCGUAUUUCUCAAAGUUCAGACCAUUGAAGAGCAGAGAUCAGAGAUUUUGAGCUUGUGGCUUAAAAUCAAGGAUGGAUAUUCUGAAGUGGGCAUCUAAUAAAGAUAUUUCAGCUUUAGGUAAAAGACCCAGUCCGAGUCCUACAUUUUUACCGUUUCAGACUCUUCAGACCGGGCAAAAUGAGCGGCUUGUGUCCGGUAUGUCUUACUUUUGUGCUGUAAAAUAACCGAGCUAUGAUUGCAUUUCAGUUGUGUGCCCAACUGCUCAUAGUUUUGACAAAGCUUAUAAAGCUUACUAUUGUGCUGUGAAAUAACUGAGCUAUGGUGGUAUUUCAGUUGUGUGCUCAACUGCUCAUAGUUUUAUUGACAAAGCUUAUGAAGCUUUUGUAUCUAUCUAUUUAGGCAAGAUACAUUUCCGACAAUGAGAUAUUGGAAGAGAUAUUAUGGAGCAUCA